UGAUUCGUUUUCCAUAUUCCUCAUGCCCGAAAUCCUCUACUAAACUACACUUUCUCAAUCGAUGCUAAAUUCACAAUUUUAUUACCUUAAUCCAAGAUUAAGUAGUAUCUACUUAUAUAUGAAAACUACAAAAAAAAUUUAGCUCAACUAGAGCUCUGUUCGUCUCCACGCGCCCCGUCCGCGCGUGACCAUUUCCCCUCGUGCAAGGCUAAAACUUUUCUACUUAAAUAAACACAAGUCGCCACUCUCAACUUAAAUCCCCUCUUUCUCUCUCUCGAUCCAAAUUCUGAAAUUCCAAUCCGAUUCAAUCACAAAUCCAAUUCCUUCGAUGCCGAUGUCGUCGCCGUCGCCGGAGCAGCCGUUCAAGUGGCACUACGCCGAAUUCGACGACCGCAACUUCCAAAUCCGCGGCCACACCCUCUUCUUCGUCGUCGUCCUCUUCUCCGUCAUCCUCCUCGUCGCCCUCCUCUUCCUAUACGCCCGCUGGGUCUGCCGCUUCUCCUCCCCCCCACCACCCCCCUCCUCCGCCUCCUCACGCGCCCAGCCUCCCCCGCCGGCGCGUGGCCUCGACGCCGCCUCCAUCGCCAGCCUCCCCAUCGUCCUCCACAGCCAAACCGAGUCGAUUAGCUCCGACGGCGAGUGCUGCAUAUGCCUCGGGGUAUUCGGCGACGGAGACAAGGUGAAGCUGCUGCCGCGGUGCCGGCAUUGCUUCCACUCCGAGUGCGUCGACAUGUGGCUCGUGACUCACUCGAGUUGCCCGCUCUGCCGCACCGCCAUCCGAGUCGACUCGCCUGUUUGACUCGCUCUUUUCAUUUUUGGAUUUUUUUUUAUUUUAGGGAAAAAAGAAAAAGGAUGCCCUCAAAACGGUGGGAGAUUCUCUCUUUUUUUUUAGCAUAGAUUUAAGGAGAAUCUAUUUUGCUGGGAUAUUGCAUUGUGGAUAAUUGGAUAAUUGGAAAUGAAAAUUUAUAUAUAUGGAUAAUUUUGUUGUUU